AUGCAAAGACCAACGUUGAAAGAUGAUUUUGCUCGAACACCGAUUAUUUUUAUAGGACGUGUCAUUUAUAAAAUACCACCGACUUUACCUUAUAAUAGUUAUGAAUUUACAGUCGAAGUUGAAGAAGCAUUCAAAGGUACAUCAGUUGGUGCACAAAUCAAAGUACGAACCUGGGAACAAGGAUCUAUGUGUGGUAUUGGUGUAGUGUCUGUUGGUUUUCGUUGGCAAAUAUGGUUGAGUGAAAACGGUGUCACUAGUUUAUGUACAAGAACUACAUUAGAUAUUAAUAGAGAUCGAUUAGCACUGCAACAACUUGCUAAUCAUUCUUCUUAA